CCACCGCCCACCGCCCGACUCGGACCCCGACUCGGUCGAGUCAACACACUCGUCGCCAUGACUCGGCGAUGCUCCCACUGCUGCAACAAGGGCCACAACUCCAGGACUUGCCCCGUCCGCACCACCGCCGCCGCCGGAGACGCCGUGGCCGCCGCCGCCGCGGCCGUCAACGCCUCCCCCUCCUCCUCCUCCUCCAGCACCGCCGCCGUCGCCGCGGCGGCCUCCGGCGGCGGCGGCGGCGGCGGCGGCGGAGUGAAGCUGUUCGGGGUUAGGCUGACGGACGGCUCGAUCAUGAAGAAGAGCGCGAGCGUGGGGUGCUUGUCCGCCGCCCACUACCACUCCUCGUCCUCCGCCGCCGCGUCGCCGAACCCCGGCUCGUCCCCGAUCGACGGGAGCGACGGCUACCUGUCGGACGAUCCCGCGCCGGGCUCCCGCUCCUCCAACAGGCGCGUGGAGAGGAAGAAAGGUAACCCAUGGACGGAGGAAGAGCAUCGGCGGUUUUUAAUUGGUCUUCAUAAAUUGGGUAAAGGAGACUGGCGAGGGAUAGCUCGUGACUUUGUGACAACAAGGACUCCUACUCAAGUGGCAAGCCAUGCCCAGAAGUACUAUAUCCGGCAGAGUAAUACUGGCCGAAGAAAGAGGCGCUCCAGCCUUUUUGACAUGGCUCCAGAUAUGGCUACUGCUGACCAACCCUCGCUUCCAGAAGAAACAUUUCUGCCUCCUUUGGUGAGACUUAACGACAAUACUAACUCAACAGCUUCAACGAGUAUCGGACUCGAUUUAGAAAGAACGCCUAUGGAGACCUCGCAACCAGAAACGUCUGAAGGGUGCGGUGAUGCUGCGAUGGAACCAACUGGUCAAGUACCUCUUGUCCCCUGUUACUUCCCAUACUAUUUACCAGUACCUUUUCCCAUGUGGCCGCCCAACGUGGCGCCUCCUGAAGAUGGAAGGGUGGCGGAGACAUCUCAUCACCGUGUGCUAAAGCCAAUCCCGGUAAUGUCAAAAGAACCCAUUAAUAUCAACCAAAUAGUUGGAAUGUCUCAGCUAAGUCUUGCUGAGAAUGAACCUUCACCGCUCUCUCUGAAGUUUCUUGGGGAAACUUCUCGACAAUCGGCAUUUAUUAAGGCGCCUUCGGUCAAUGAAUCGAAUCUUGACAACUGCAAGGAUGGCGCCACUCAAGCAGCUUGAUCCGUGCCUAAGAUGAGCAACGGUUUAGUUCUUGUGAAUCUUUCUGUUUAAACCAUAAUGUAUUGGUGACCUCCUUUUCCUUUUUGUUUCUGCUCCACACAGCCCUUAGCUAGAUCAUACUUCUCGUAAGGAUAUAUUCUUUGUGCACCAUGUGGAUGGAAUCCAAAAUAAACCUUGUCCCCGAAAUUCGGGCAUGGCUGCAAGCUUGUAACUUGGUGAUACAGCAGAAUUGCCUUAUGCAUUAGGCCUA